AUGAAGCACUCGCAUGACACCGAGAAGGGGUCGAGCAUCGAGCAAGAGCGGCAUCAAAGUACGUGUCCGCGCACCCCUUUCCACACGCCGCCUCCGCUUCUGAUUUGGGUUUCGUCGUGCUGGAUUCAACCUUUCAUUCUGCCAUGCUUUUCGUUGCUGUCAUUCACCAUUGUUCAUUCGUAUCUCGAACAGUCGAAGAAGUCGCCCUUGCAGGCCAUGCAGCGACCGACAUCCAUGGCCACUCGCUGGUCGCAAUCGACGCGAAAGCCGAAGCGGCCCUUCGGUGGAAGAUCGACAUCCGAAUCAUGCCGACGAUUGCGUUGCUCUAUCUGUUCUGGUAAGAUUUCAAUUGCCGCUCGGGAUCGAGAUUGUUCAGAUGGGACGCUUAUUCAGCUCAACUAGCUUCAUUGACCGCGCCAACAUUGGAAAGUACGUUGAAGGAGAGGAUGAAGGGGUCUGCGCAUCCAUCGGAGGAAGGAUCGCUAACAUGAUGCUGAAAUCUAUCGGCAGUGCUCGCCUCGCUGGUCUCGAGAUGGACCUCAAGAUGACCGGAAAGUAUGACUAUAAUAUACUUUUGACCGCUUUCUACGUCGCCUACGUGGUUUUCGAAAUCCCAUGCAACUACAUCUGCAAGAUCGUCGGCCCAGGGAAGUUCAUCCCCAUUUUAUCAUUCUUUUUCGGCCUUUUCUCCUUCGCAAUGGUGAGCGGCAGGUCAAGGCUCUCUGCAAUGCGCACACAUCUUGCUGAGUCAUCCUUUCACGGCCUUCCUACCGACAGGCGUUCGUAAAAACGUUUGGUGCAGGUUUCGCUCUUCGCUUUCUGCUGGGUGUCGCUGAAGCAGGAGUGUUUCCCAAUGAGUGUCGUCCCGCCUGUCCACCCCUGAAUGGCAAAGUGAGCCUCUCCGCCGGUGGUAUGCUGACAUUUUUGCACCGACAUCUCAGAAAAUCAACCUAGGAAUUUCGUUCUACCUCUCUCGAUGGUGCCGCAAGGAUGAAUUCGGCUUCCGCCUGGCGCUGUACAUCGUCUGCGCGCCACUCGCUGGUGCAUUCGGUGGGCUGCUCGCUUCUGGACUUUUGAAGGCACCCUCGUUCGGCACGAUUCACACGUGGCGGAUGAUCUUCUUUGCUGUGAGUACCGGUCAUGUGAAUUGAACGAUCGAGAGGCCACCACUUACAUGGCUAUGCGCUAUCGUGCUAUAGGAGGGUAUCAUUACCAUGGGCAUCGCCGUAAUCUCCUAUCCCAUCCUGACUGAUCGACCUGAGACUGCAAAGGUGAAUGGAUACCUCUCUCGCAAUCAGAAGGACCACAGGGAGGAGGACCGAAAUAGCUGACACUUCUUGUGUGUGUGAUUCAUUGCAGUGGCUUUCUGCCGAAGAAAAGGCACUCUGCGCCGCUCGGACGAAGAGCGAGAAUGUGGGAUCAAUCGUCGUCGUUGACGAAGCCAAGACCAAAGUGUUCAUAUCCGGCAUGUUCAACAUGAAUUCUUUAGUGAAUGCCUUCAUCUUUUCGUUGGGCAACAUCACCGUGCAAGGCCUAGCAUUCUUCCUUCCCACCAUCAUUAAGACGAUUUUCCCCCGCAACUCGACCGUUGAAUUACAGCUUCGUACGGAACCGCCCUACAUUGUCGGUGCCGUUGUUUCGUUGGUGCUACCUUAUCUCUCGUGGAAAACGGGCCGCCGCGCAUUCUGGAUGACCGUUUCGGCCCCGCUGAUGAUUAUCGGCUACGCCAUGUUCGUGGCCUCGACCAACCCCCAAGUCCGCUACGCCUCCUGUUUCCUCAUCGCCUCGGGCGCGUUCUCGUUCGGAAGCUUUUGCAAUACGUGGGCAGCUAUCAACACUACUUCGGAUACUGCUCGAGCUGGUGCCAUCGCCAUCACCGUCUUCGGAGGUAAUCUCGGAGGUCUUGUGGCAACAUGGAGCUACCUGUCACGGUCAGUUUCAUGUCCGCGCUUGUACCAUCCCCAAUCGCCUUUCUGGCUGACUCGUUAGACCGACACAUACAUCGGGCAGAUACGCCCCGAACCAAAUACCCGGCAACAGUCUCAACUUGGCUACGUCGUGCUUAACUUUAUUGCUCACACUCGGCCUUUCCGCACAAGCGCCGCGACGAAGGUCGAAUGGACCACGUUCUGGUUCGGAAGUCCGAUGACGAGAUCGCCAUGCUCGGUCAACAACACCCAGGCUUCCGCUACCGUCACUGA